AAAAACCCUCAGGAGCUGCAGCCUCAGCGGCAUCUGAAACGGCAAUCUCUGAUCAUCAAUGGCGAAGCGACGACGUGAGCCGGAUACCGAUGGUACAGGGGCCGCAGCGGUGGAGUACGGCACAGUGUUCGUCGACACCAGCCUCGACACCCAUCUCGCCAUGCUUGUUUCUAACUCUGACACAGUAUCGGAUUUCAAAAAGAAGCUAGCGUUGGAACAUGUGCAGUGCUUUCCAAAAAUUGGGGAGAUACGCAUCCAUUCUAUGAAGGUAAAACGUAGAGCAAACUUGUAUCAUCUACCAGACAAUAUGAUCGUCUGGAGUGCCUUCCAUAGUGUAAAACGGAAUUGGUUUCUUUCAGCUGAUGUUUCUGGCAUUCCAGAAGUGGGGGGUGUUGAUGAUGAUUGCAGAGCUUUGACUUCUGAUGCAAACAAGAUACCCGCCCUUCCAAUGUCCUUGCAAGAUGGUGUUACUGAAAAGAAUGUAGUUUCAGAAAUAACUGCAGGCGUUAAGGCUGAGAAAUCUUUGGAAAAGACCACAGUUUCUCAAAGCAAUAAUUAUUCACAGGAAAAUUAUAUGGAUCCUGAGUCUCGUGCCAAGAAGAAGCGUAAAACAAGGCACACAGAAGAUGCAUGUCAUAGACCACCUAGUAUGAGAGAUAGUUGCACCCUGGAUUAUGAACCUGGAAAAGAUACAUCAACGCCUCAGAUUAUUGCCUGUGGGAAUCCAAUGGUUGAUGUGGUGAAAGAAGGAAAAGAAAGUAUGCUUGUAUAUGAGCAACAAGGAAAACCCACUAUGUCCGAGGCAACUGCUGAAGUCAUAGGUGUGAGGAACAGUCAACCCGAUGUUGGAGACAACACUGCUUUCGAGGGAACAUCUUCACCAGCUACAGCUAACAAGAGCCAUAUACAGAGCGCUUUGAACUCUCCAAAUCUUUUAGGUUCUGAUAAAAGGAAAGAGGACACUUUACUAGAGAGUAUAAUUCAUGAAAGUUGUAUGAACAGCAAACAGGAGUGUGAACUUGGCCAUGAUGUCCCAACCGAACAUUUGGGUUGUGUUUCCAAUAAAGUACCCAAUGUUUCUGCUUCAUUGAUGGAUGCCGGUGGUGCAAUUGAUGAUGUCAAUUCUGAUGGCACUGGGAGAAAGAAAAAGAAAGCCCAGAAGACAGCUGCUAAGAUCCAGGGUGCAACAGAUACGGAGCAUAGUAGGAAAGGUGAAAGCUUGAAGCCCUCUACUGAAGCACGUAAAUCUGGGAGGAAGAAAGAAGAAAAAGGUUUGUCUGUAAACCAUGAUAAUGAAGUGAUAUUGGCAUCAUACAAAAAAACUUCAGACCAUGCUGAUCCAAAUUUAAUGUUGAAAGAAGCAAGUACUUUGCCGCACUUAUUGGAUACUAAUGCUGUUAUGGAACCUGAAAUCUCUAGUGGCCGUAAAAAGAAGAAGAGAGCAAAGAAGUCUGCAGACACUAAUCAAGAGAAGUCAGGCAUUGAACAAACUGAUAAUGUGGUCAGUGGCUCUUCAGGUUUGCUUUGCGCAUCUACUGAUCAUAUCCCUGAAGAAACUGACAAGGAAGAAAAUAUCUUGCACGUUAAAGGAAAGAAUGUCCAGGUGAAAAUCUUGGAUACUUCCACGACAGAUGCUAUUGACAAAGUCCCAACUGCUAAUAGAAAUGAGGCAAAUUUUAUGAUAUUGACUCAAACUAAGCAAUGUUUGGAAGAUGUGGCCAGUGGGAAGGAAGAGGUGGAGGAAAAGACAAAACACUCUGCUAGUAACUGCCAUGCAGAUAUGCCUGCCAAAGAAAAAGAAUAUCAUAUUUUGGAGUUCAAUCAGGUGGAGAAGAACAGUGACAAUACGGAGGAUAAAGAUAACAAAGCUAAAAAGAAAAGAAAGAAGAGAAACCCAACUGAAUCAGAUAUCCAAGAAAGUUUACCAGUUAAGGAUCAAAAAGUUGGUGUUGUAGUAUCAACAACCAAGGAAGAAUCAAUUGGUUUUGUAAAUACUGCAUUGGAGGCCGGAGAUGUAGCCUCAUCCCAAGUUCUGUCGUGUAGAAGUCAAGAAAAGCUUGAGGAGAUGCAUGGGGGGGCGGCCGAUCACGCUGGUGAUCUGGCAAGAACAUCAGAGCAUGAAGGUGAAGGCAUUAACUUCAAGCAGUACUUUGUGCCAGGACAAUACCAGGAUAAAGCAGAUUCCACUGACAGGGUUAAAAAAGGAACCAAAUCAAAUGUGGAGACAAAAAAUGGGAAAAAAGUUAGAGACAAUGGUUUACCUCCUGUAAGCAACUCAACUGAAUUACAGAACUCAGCAGUCAAGUCGUUGGAAAAUCUGGAAAGUGAGAAGAAAUCUCGUGUUAAGAAGACUAGUGGAAUGAGACCAGGAGACUCAGCACAGAAUUCUGAUAGGGAAGAUGUGAUUCCUAAUUCCAUCACAAGAUCUUUAAGAGUCUCAGGGAAGAGGACGAAUGAUUCUAGCCCUAGUGGGAUGUUGGAGACAACAUCUCUUCAAAAGCCCAAUGAGAUUCUUGCUAAAUCUUCUUCCCAGAAGGAAAAGAACACAUCUCUGGAUAAAUCGAGCUCAAAGAGGUCUGAGGCAUUUCAUGAAAAGAGAGGAAAUAAAAUACUGCAGUCAGGUCUAAGUGCAACUCAUAAGAUGGCGAUGAAGACUCCACAGAAGAAGAGCUUGUUCAACAAAUCAGGAACAAUUUUUCAGGACAAUAGUGGUGAAAGUUCUGGUGAUGAAAAUGAUGCUGUGCAUUCGGAUGCUAGCACCCUCAGUCCAUCAGACAGUUCCUCUUUGUCAAGCUAUUCAGUAGGUGAAAGUGACUUGAGCCAGGACUCAACUGGAAAUGGAUCAGAUGAUGCUAAAGGAAGAUCUACUGGAGGAAAAUCCACGUCAAAGUUGGACAGCAUUUCUGCCUCCAAGGACAUGACGAUGGAUAUGAUCCUAAAAAGCUCAAAGCGGUUCAAGAAGGCCAAGCUCCACCUAUCCUCUCAAAAUGAAUUCAAGCAGCAGCAUGAUAGCCAGCCCAUGGAAUUUGUUCCUGAUAGUCAACCCACUUAACCCCAUGAGUAUGACCGCUUCAUUUUGUCUGUACCCAAGUUGUUCUUCCUUCCUUAACCGGUGAUUUAAUUUAACAAUUUGUAUUGUAUCGCGUAUCUGCAUCACGCAGCUUAGAACCCCUUAUAACAUUGGUUACUUGCAACAACAUGUUGGCCCAGAAAUUAGAUGGUCAUUCUUCAUUUUUGGUGUUGUAAGAGGAAAAUUCUAUUCUUGUAUUGCAGUUGGUUUUCUGUUUUA